UAUGCGAGGAGAAAAUAUCCAAGUAAAAGAGCCGAGGGUAAAACAGAAAGGAAACAAGGGAGAAAAGAGAGAAAAGGACAGAGACCAAAGGGACUGAAUGGAUUCUUCUCCCUUGACAGACAACCAUGUGGAAAGUACAGCGAGAGAAGCAGAUGCUGGUGGCAGCCAUCUACAUGCUGAGCAUUGGCCUGUCUUGUUUCUCAGUCUACAGCAGUGGGGAGUGCUACUUCAAUGCCAAAGCAAGCUGCGAGCAUCACGGCCAGUUGUUCGGGAUAGGGGAGAGCUGGACCACCGAGGACUGCUACCAGUGCAUCUGCAUGGAGCCUUUCGGAGUGGGCUGUUGUGACCCGAGCCCACGACCCGUGGAUUACCCAGACUGGUGCGAAGUGGUGCGGAAGCCAGAAUCCUGCAAUGUCGCUGUGGUGAUGCGGGCAAACCACAAGCUGCCCUGCCUGUACGGAAGGCGAGGCCGACCGCAGGCGGGACAGGCCUGGAAGUCGGACAAUGACCCCAUGUUCUCAUCGCUUGUUAUAUAGGAGUCUCCCAAGAGUAACAGUGUAAAACAACCAAAGCUCUUUAUUUGCGCAUCAGAUUGAAUGAGGUGUUCGGUUGUUCGACUGGUGGUGAAAUGUUUGCAACCUAA